GCCAUUGUACAAUUUACACCCAUUUUUUACUAUUUGUUUUAUAAAUCCCUUUGUAGUAGGGGUGAUGGAUCUGCUGUAACAAUGAAAACGUAAUAUUAUUGAUUGUUACAGCAUGAUUAAAAGUUAUUUAUAAUACGUAUACGGUAAACAGAGACCAUGACUAAGAAUAAAAGACAGAAUAAGGCUAUAACUAUUUCUAAAACCGAAGUUAGCAAAAAUUGUAUACAUCUGUGGUCACAUCUGACAGUGACUGUAACUUUGACAAAUUGACAUUAUGAAAGAGUGGAAUGGAACUUCGAAGUGGAAACUGGAAUGAGUUCAAACUUCAAUAUUUGGUGAUAGAAAGAUAAAAAAUAAUUAAAAACAAGAUUUAAUAAAUCUGGAUACUUGCUGUUUUACGAUAAAAUCAGUAGAUUGAAUUAAAAUGUCUGUAAAUUACAUACCUCGGGUAACACAGCUGGAUGCUGUGCAGCUGGAUAGUCAGUUAGAGGAACUUUUCAAACAAUUACUAUUUGAAGUUACUAAGUAUAUAGAGCCCCGUUAUAUUCAGCCAAUUCUUCCAGAGCUUGAACUUUUAAUCAGGACAUGGAUUUUCAAGUAUUCAGUAUAUGACACCAGGAGCACAUUUGGACAACAGAUGCUGUCAUUAAAUUACAAAACAGACUAUUUUACCAGAAGUAAACUGUUCUGGUACUUUGGUUACACAGUAGGAUUGAAGUACCUAAGAGAGAGGGCUAUUUACAGUUUCACUUCAAACACUAGAAUCCAGAAUAUAGUAAAUAAAUUAGAAACAUUCCAAUUGAUCGCAGACAUAUUGAACUUCUGUAGAUUCAUACAGACUGGGAAAUAUCCGCAACUCAUAGAUUUCAUAUUAGGCAUACAAUUGUCUGCAGAGUCAUUGACUAGAGAAGAUCUCACUGAUUUAUCUUGGACCAGAGAAUUGCUAUGGCACAAUUUUAUCGAAUUGUUAGGCACGACAAUAUCGUUGAUUAAUAUAUUUGGGUUGAGAACUAAACUGUCCGGUAUGCUGAAGUAUGUGUGGUGGAGACAACAUGUGAAGUCCUCUGGCACAAUGGCCGUGCCCGUUAUGACUUUGCAAACAGUCUGUGCAAGCUGCGAGAACCCACCUGUCCUACCACAUACCAUGGGCUGCAGUCACAUAUUUUGUUACUAUUGUAUAGUGGCCAAUAAGACAGCUGACUCGGACUAUGCAUGCCCAAAGUGCUAUUACAAUGGCAAAGAUGUUAAGAAGUAUGUAAAGACAUGAAACCUAUCAAUAGACAAUUUAAUUUAGUUUUAAGGGAAAGUUGGUUCUGUGAUAAGUGUUCAUUAGGUAUAAACUCAAUUGAAGCCAAAUAACUAUUUCAAGGAAUUAUUGGGAGUGUUUUAAGUUAAAUAACUUAAUAUCAUUUAAUAUGUAUAUUUUUAUUUACAAGUAUAAAAUUUUAUUAUAAUAAACGUUUUAUGUUUUGUUUAA